AUGUACAUCACUCUCUACUUCAUCGUCACCCGCCUCCCUGACUCUCUUCGCGCAGUCAGGGACAUCCUUCUCACCCUUGACCCCACAGACCUCACUGUCGACCUGCUCGAGAAGCACCUCCUUGCAGCUGAGACUAGCAUAGUCGCUAUAGGCGCUUCUCGUGGCACUCCUCGCACUCCCUUCUUUGAGGGGUGUUCCCCCUCCCCCCUUGCCCCCUCUGUCGCUUCUGCUGCUGCUGUUGACUUCCUUCGUGCUGAGGAGGUUGGGGCUGCGUCUGCUCCUAGUGGGAGGCGCCGCAGCGGCAAGGGCAAGGGAGGCAAGAGCGGUGGGGGUGGCAACGGUGGAGGAGGUGGUAGAGGCGAUGGAGGCGGUGGAGGCGGUGGAGGUGGCGGUGGUGGUGGUGGGAGUGGUGGUGGGAGUAAAGGAGGUGGUGGCGGCGGUGGUGGUAGCGGUGGGAGUGGUGGCGGCGGUGGUGGCGGCAGUGGGAGUGGUGGCGGCAGCAGUGGUGGCGGUCGGGGUGGAACCGGCCAGAGGGGAGGUUCUGGCGGUGGCCAGAGGCAGCAGCAGCAGCGUCCGCGCGAGACCAUUAGCCCCAGCAGCUUCGUGAGUGGUUUGCUCAGUGGGGCGCGUCUGGGGGUAGUGUUCGCUGCCCAGUUUGGCGACGAGGCUGAGCUCCCCCGCUGGCUAGAGCUACUUAGGAACGAUGUGGAUAUAUUUGCUCUUGACUAUGACGCUAUCCUUGCUGGCAUGUAUGCUUUGACUGUUAAUGCUGACGGUGACGGUUACCUGUGUGUGCCGCCCGACCCAGGUAUAGAGGCUACUGCUCUAGCCCUCCAGGAUGGGAUGGUCACUACCACCACUCCGAGGGGUCAGCGUGUGGCGAUCUGCACGUGUACACGGACGGGCCGUCACCUGGCCACGUUCACCCGUCGGCCUGGGUCGAGUCUGUACACACAGACUACUGCGCCUCCUCAGGUAGCUGCGUCUGGUCAGGUGUCCGCGUCAGGUCAGGUAGCAGCCCCCUGCUCGUGUCGCCUCCUGUCGCACCAGACUCUCCUUUGGCACCACCGCCUUGGUCACCCCUCCCUGCCACGCCUCCAUGGCAUGCACUCCCGCCUCCUUGUCUCUGGUCUUCCCAGGUCUCUGCCUCCCCUCCUGCCCUCCCCUUCCCCACCCUGCCUUCCCUGCGUCGAGGGGCGGCAGCGCGCCGCUCCUCACUCCUCCUCGUUUCCCCCGACGACUGCUCCCCUGCAGACUCUCCACAUGGGCGUGUGGGGCCUAGCCCACGUCAGUGGACAGGGCCGCGAGCGCUACUUUCUGCUGGUUGUCGACGACUACUCGCAUUACACCACGGUCUUCCCCUUGCGCAGCAAGGGGGAGGUCCAUGAUGUCUUGAUCCCUUUCAUCUGCACUCUCCGUCUCCAGCUCCGCGAGCGGUUCCGCCAGGACCUUCGUGUUCUGCGUUUGCUCUCUGAGAGAGGUGGUGAGUUCUCCUCCAAACUCUUGCGGGACUUUUGUAGUGGGGAGGGCAUCCAUCAGACGUUCACACUUCCGGCCUCCCCGCAGCAGAAUGGGAUUGCUGAGCGCUGCAUUGGCUUAGUCAUGGAGGUUGCUCGUACCUCCAUGAUCCAUGCGGCUGCUCCCCAUUUUCUGUGGCCGUUUGUGGUCUAG